AUGCUCAAGCCCACCCCUAGCAGGUUUGUCGCCGACAGCGCCCCUUCGUCUCGUCCUCCAAAAGCCUACGUAUGCGACAGAUGCUGGGAAACUCUUUUCAACACUGAGGCUUUUGAGCGGUGCUGUACUUGGCAUCAAAAUACUGCGAACUACAAGCAAACGGGGACUGAAACUACCGCCACUGUCCGUGAAAUCAAAAAUGCUGCCUGCAACUGGUGUGGUUAUAUCAAAAAUUUUAUUUCUGAUGAUUGGGCGCCAGACGAUAAGAUAACCACAUAUCUUGCACCAAGCACAAUCCCUUCGUGCACGCCAGCCGGCAACAAUACUUUCUAUCUGAGCAUUUCAUGCCAUUCUGGAAUGGGAAAAUGGAGAGGAGGCGCCGCCCUUUUUCUUCACGCCCUUACCACAGCAGGGGAUCCCGCUUCAGGCUAUGUGACUGCGAGGCCGCUGAGGACAGACACCAAUAGUGAGGCAGCAAAAAUGCAAAUCGGAGCAUGGCUGAGAGAGUGCAAGGAGCAUAAGCGCUGCAGCGCUUUACACGAGGACAGUAUCCUUCCUACAAGAGUUAUUGAAGUUAGUCCUCUAGGAAGACGAUAUGCGCGAGUCGUGGAGACUAAAAACCUGCGUGGACUCUAUGCUACACUUUCCUACUGUUGGGGGAACGCUGAUCUUCCAACACUCACCAGUUCCAAUUAUGCACAACUCACCGAAGGAUUGGAUGAGGAGACUUUACCUCCCACCAUCCGUGAUGCGUUUGCAACUACUCGCGCCUCGUCCAUCCCGUACUUGUGGAUUGACGCUCUCUGCAUAAUCCAAGAUUCAGAAAUGGACAAAGCGAAAGAAAUCGCACGAAUGAAAGAAAUAUAUGCCUCCUCGGCUCUGACGAUAGUCGCUGCUGCGGCAGAAAGUGUCUCUAAAGGAUUUCUCUAUCCACGUGUGUACCAGGAGAUUCUUCACACUAUCCCCGUCCGGCUUCAACCUGACGUCUUUGGCACAAUGGAGCUUCACGCGAACGUCGCGCGGGAUUUCGCUAGUCACUCUCGCGAUACUCCAGGGGGUCUUGAGAGCUCAACUGACCUUCAUCCUGACCUGGACAUUAUGUCCUCCAAAACUGGGCUUAGGGGCCAGGACGGGGGGCGGAGCGAGCCCACGGCUGUUAAGCAGUUACAGGACCGACCUGCAAGUCGAUACGGCAAGAUUGCGGGAACGCCUGGCACGGGCUAA